AUGCAUUUGUGUAAAGUUUGUGUAAUUUCUGAAUCAAGACUUUCCUGGUUAAAUAAAGAAAAACCUCUUAAAAUCAAAAUUGUUGGGUCACAACUACCAAUAAACGUUCUUAUAUCACACAAUCCAAGUGUUUUAAGGUUAAAUUUAUCAAGACAAGUUAGAGAUCAUAUUAUAGUUAAUCGUAGGUCAGAUCAUCAUACAGCCAAUUCUAUUAAAUCAAAAUUAUUAAUGCCCUUUAAUGGAGCAGAAGAAAAUGAAUUAAAGGAAGCAUUAAAAAAUCAACGUCAAAUAUGUAAUAAUAAUAAACUUAGAUCUUACUUAAUGCAUGAUGAUCAAAGAUUAGGAGAAAAUUCAGAAGUUUUAAAACUAAAAGGAUAUAUUUUAUAUUAUCAACAACCUGAUCCUUUACAAUCUGAAGAGGAAAAACAAUUUUAUCAACUUACUUUAUCUAAUGAAUUCUGGCUAAGAAAUGGCAAAAAAUUUGGUCAAAAUUGUAUUGGAAUGGAUUCAAAACAUGAUUUAAAUAAUGAUAGGACUCCAGUAUUGGUAUUAGUUACUGAAAAUAACAGUGAUUCUGGAACACCACUUGCUUUUGGAGGAUUGGUAUUUUCGCCAAAAGAUAAUAUUUCUGAAUGUAAUUCAGAUCCUUUUAGACCACCAGAAUUGAAACAUAAAACUAAUAAAGGAGCAUCACCAAAAGCUGUGACAAAACUACAUAAACCAUCACGGAUUCUUCAAACCCUUCAAUCAAAUUCUCAAAAUGAAACCAAUCCUUUU